GUGAAUUGGAAAGGAUAAGGAAGGAAUCUUCUAGCGAAUAAUUAAUAAAUAUGUUGAGAAAAAUAAUCGAAUAGUCCGAGCUGGGAAUCUAACCCGUGCGAGGAAAUACAAGAUAACGUCAUUUAAAACAUUUUAUAAUUUUUUAGUUUAAAAUGUACGACAUCUGUCAUCCUAGUUACUACAAAAUUAGCCAGCUUGGAUGUAAAAAUGAACUGAAAAUCACAACGGCUUUCUAUGUUUACAUGGAAUUAUGCGAAGAAAAAAAAUGCUGGGAUGUCGAAUAUAAAUACAAAGGAGAGUUGGAUUUAAUUUAUCUCACUGGAAAAAUAAAUAAAAAUGGUGAGACUGAAAUUUAUAUUCCUUGGCCAUCAAAGAAAAAUAUUAAAUUGCGUGAUUUAGAAAAUAUUCACAAUCAACUUGGAAGUCAUAGUUUUACAUUAGCAAUAAAAAGCGGAGAAGGUGUAAGUAUAUUGUAUAAGGUUAGCCAAGGUCUGACUAAACCUUUGGCACCCCAAGAGACCAACGAAAAACGUGAGUCAAUUGUAAAAAAAUUAAAAUUAGACGCUGAAAUAACUAAAAAUAGUCGUAAUUUAUAUCAACUAGCUAAAUCUAGGCAAACAAAAUCUAAGGGAAGUAAAGAAGUAACUCUUUAUGAAGUUGUAUAAAUAAAUUAUAAGAUUAUUCAA